UUCUUCCUUCUGGUUGCUCAUCAAACCUAGCUUUUCCUCUUAUUCAAUUGUGCAGCCUAAGGUUCCGAGGGUCUUUCACAGACGCUACCGUUUGGAGCGUCGUCAACACCACUGCGGAUUACGCCGACGGCCUCGCGUCUUAUUACGAAGGAGUUUUCAUGACGCAGGGGAAGUCAAUGAGCGUCUGCAUUGCCGCUAAUUCUUAUACCACUUCUGACCCCUUUAUCUCUGCCUUGGAGAUCGUCAGAUUGGAAGGUUCUCUUUACAAUUCCACCGAUUUCAACCGUUUCGGGCUGCGUCUCGUCGCCAGGCACGCAUUCGGAUACAGUGGAUCGCUCAUCCGGUAUCCAUAUGAUCAGUUUGACAGAUUUUGGGAGCCUUACGCGUUCAAUUCCACGAUACCGAACAAUAGGAGAGUAGAGGCUUCUGGUUUCUGGAACCUUCCGCCAUGGAGGAUAUACAACACUGGUUUUAAAGCUUCGCAGCUUCAGCCUCUAAAGUUCAUAUGGCCUCCAGCAGCUUUACCAAAGUCGAAUUACUAUAUAGCGCUAUACUUUGCUCAUGAUUCUGACUCAUUGGCCGGUGGAUCCAUUGUCCUUGACAUAACCCUUAAUGGUGUAACCUAUUAUAGGAGUUUGAAUGUAACUCCAGCAGGUGUGGUUGUCUUCUCGAGCCGAUGGCCUCUUGACGGUACUGCAAUGUUAACCCUAAACCCUAGCACUGAUUCAGACCUUGGUCCCCUCAUCAAUGGUGGUGAGAUGUUUGAGUUGAUUCCCCUCGAAGGCAGAACCCACGUACGAGAUGCAACUGCUCUGAAUGCAAUCAAAAAAAGUCUUCAGAACCCGCCGGUUGAUUGGAAUGGCGAUCCUUGUCUUCCUCAGCGGUAUUCGUGGACUGGAGUCAGCUGUUCUGAAGGCCCCCGUAUUCGCAUAAUCAGUCUGAACUUGACUAAUAUGGGCCUUUCGGGUUCACUGGCUCCUGAAAUCGCCAACUUAACUGCAUUGUCUACGGUUUGGCUGGGGGGCAACUCUCUGUCAGGACCCAUACCUGACCUCAGUUCACUCAAAUUGCUCGAGUCAUUGCGCUUGGAAAACAAUCGGUUCAGCGGAAGCAUCCCUCCAUCCCUCGGAGAAAUGCAGAGCUUGCGAGAACUGUUCUUGCAAAACAAUAACCUGACGGGCCAAAUCCCGGGAAAUCUUCGGAAACCAGGACUGGAGCUUAAUUAGGACUUUUGGUAACCCGUUGUUGGCUCCGCCUCCCAGCUGAGAGGCCCGGUUCAACGCAUUCCAACUCGAGAGACUGAUUUGUAUCAUAUUCUUUAAAUGCAUGUGUUAUUUGUAACAUUUUUUUUUUAUUUUUUUGUGAUUAGAUGCCCUAUGAGCCUUGACAGUGACACGCUGCUUAUAAUAUCUUGUAAAAAAAAAUUGCAUUUAAACUCACUUUUUUCCUUUGUAAAUAAUCUCAGAAUAACAGUUGGUAUUCGAUCUAAAAUGGACCGACAGCCAAUUAAUACGACGUUUUUAUAUUUA